AUAUAAUAAAAGAAGAAUUUUUGACAUGAUAGGAAUAUCAUCCCGAACGGUGCUCACACUUACGGGUAGUUCCGUUCUUAGGUUUUGCAGAACAAAAGCUACCAAGAGAGUUUUAAACAAAAACAAUGAGGAAUCAUUGCCAGUUUAUCAGUAUGCAUCUGCCAAAAGCGACAAGAGAAACAGAGUUUUCACUUGGGGUUUGGCUGAACAUGGUGCCUUAGGUGAGAGGCAGUUUUUGAAACCAAUUCACAAGGCUCGGAGGCCAGUUGAGUACAUGCAUAGACCUUAUAGAUUAGGAUUUGCUGAAGAAAAUGACGUUACAGAUAUUGCUGCUGGGUAUGGAUUUACAGUUUUUAUCACAAAAGGAAAGAAGACGACUUCCUCCCAAGUUUUUGGAACUGGCCUUAAUACAGAUUCACAAAUCGGCUAUCACGCGGUAAGGAAAGACCACCCUUUAGAACUGGUUGUAGAACCCGUACCAAUUCACCUGCCCAACAUAAAAUCAUCCAUCACUGGAAUUGCAUGCGGGAGGGCCCAUACACUUGUUCUAACGGAGAAAGCCGGUGUUCUAACCCUAGGAAAUAAUGCUUAUGGGCAAUGUGGUCGGCAUAUAAUAGAAGACGAAGAUUAUCAACGGCAGUCAACAGUACAUCAAAUUGUGAUCAAUGACAAAAUUUCUCAAGUCUAUUGUGGGCAAGAUCACUCAAUGUUUGUUACAGAUCAGGGUUCAGUGUGGUCAUGCGGCUGGAGCGCAGACGGUCAAACCGGCGUAGGUCAUUACAACAAUACGGAUCGAAUUACCAAGUGCGUCGGAGAUAUUGUUGGAGAAAACAUAAUUAAGCUGGCAUGUAGUGCCGACUGCGUACUAGCACUUAAUGAUAAGGGACAGGUUUUCGGAUGGGGAAAUUCUGAAUACGGCCAGUUACGGCUAGCCACAUCUGAAAUGCAGUUGCAUACCCCACGUUAUUUACCGCUCCCCCAGAUCUUUGGGAAAAUUGUAGAUGUUGCGGCUUCUGGCACUGCGUGUUUAAUACUAAACGAUGCUGGGGAAGUAUUUGUUUGGGGCUAUGGUAUCCUUGGUAAGGGACCUGUGGUAGAUAAAAGUCAGGAACCGACUGCCAUCCCAUUAACACUUUUUGGCUGCAAUGAAUUCAAUCCAGACGGCAAAGUAGUAUCCAUAUAUGGAGGACUAAGUCAAUUCGCUGCCGUGACAAAUAACGGUGAUCUUUACAUCUGGGGACGGAAUAGGUUCGGAUCCCUUGGUCUUGGUCAUCUAGAUAAUCAAUUUUUCCCAAUUAAGGUAAAUAUUCCAGGAUACGUAAAGAAAUUUUGUUUCGGCGUCGAUCAUUGCGUAGCCCUAUGUAAAUCUUACGUCUGACUUAAUAACGAAAAUUGUAAAUAAAUUUUGCAUUGUUAGUGCGCAUCGCACUAUCAUAGUCA